UUGCCUAUUCAUGUAGGUGAGGUGGCCACAUACUAUAAAGAUUAUGAGAGAGAGAGAGCGGGGGGAAGGAGUGACCGCGUUGAAAAAUGUUCAACUGGUUUUAAAAGCCCAUAAACAGACAUGCUCUGCAACUGCUGUGUUCUUGGCUCCUCUUCCUAUAAACACCAACACCUCUCUUUGGCUUCUUUUGUGUUUUGUUUUUUCGUGUUAGCUAGCUAGCUGUUUGUUUGUUUUUUUGGUGGCUGGCUAAUCUUUUUAUGCAUCAAUCUAGAUACUACUACUUCCAGCUUUGGCGUGCUCUGAUAAAAGAUAACUACAGCACACACAGGGAGAGGAAGAAGAGAUAAAGAGUGACAGAGAGAGUUGGGGAUUGGGCAAAAGGUUUUUCUUUUUCCCUUCGAAGAGAGAGUUUCUUGUUUCUUUUCAUUUCCUUUCUUUUUGUUUUUUUACUUCUUUUCUUGUAAAGAAUGAUUGGUUACAACUUACAAGGCUGAACUGAAGUGAAAGUCUGGUCUUGGUGACAAAAAAGAAAAGAAAAAAAAUCUUUUAAGUUUCUUGAUCAUGAAAGAUUGCCAAAAUACAACACGCGGGGUGCUGCUUUGAAAGGAUUGGUUCGUUGAGCCUUCUUUUCAUAUUUUCUUGUUCUCUUGGAAGUUUAUUGUCUUAAAUUCAUUAAGUUUUAAUUAUUCAGCAGCAAGAUCAAAUUUGUCUGCAAAUUCAUCUAGGCGUCAACGCACUCUUUGUAUAGCCAUAUUAAGAUAAAAGAAGCCGCAGCAGAGUGUCUGCAGCGUUAGCAUCAAAAAAAGAUUUUAUUAUUGUUCAAGAAACAAGCAAGAAAGACGUUCAUUCCAUCAGAAGAAAUUUCACAAAUUACAUUUUAUCUUCUCUCUCUUUCUUUUUCUAUGGAGUACAAUCAAUCUUCAGAAAUGCAAGAACCCAGCAUCGACACUGACAAACUCAGCUACGAAAUCUUUUCGGUUCUUGAAAGCAAAUUUCUUUUCGGCUAUGAUGAUCAGAAACUCUGGGUUCCUAAACAGAUCUCUCCUGCAACAAUCGAAGCAAAACCCGAGUCACAAAAUCCUUCUUUUCUCACAGAAAACAACAGCAACGGGUUGUCUGCAAUCAAGAAUCAACGAGGGAAAAUCUGCAUAUUGUCUAUUGAUGGUGGUAGCAGUCUAAAAGGGAUUAUUUCAGGCAAAGCAUUGGCUUAUCUCGAAAACGCUUUGAAAUUGAAAUCAGGUAACCCUGACGCCAGAAUUGCUGAUUAUUUUGAUGUGGCAGCCGGAACUGGAAUUGGUGGAAUCUUCACGGCUAUGCUUUUUGGCACCAAAGAUCAUAAUCGUCCGAUUAUGAAAGCUGAGGAGACUUGGAAAUUUUUAGCUGAUCAGGGUAAGAAAUUUUUCACUUCUGGUAACAGAAAUGUUGGGUUUUUAAAGCGGUUUUUCAAAGGGAGCUCAACCGGUACGACCGCUGCCACAGCCGGUUUAGAGAAGGCCAUGAAAGAGACUUUUACUGAGAAGGGCCGGAAUUUGACUUUGAAAGAUACUUUAAAACCGGUUUUGAUCCCUUGUUAUGAUCUUUCCAGUACGGCGCCGUUUUUGUUUUCUAGAGCAGAUGCCUUGGAAACGGACAGUUUCGAUUUCCGGAUUUGGGAGGUUUGUCAGGCAACAUCAGCUGAACCGGGCUUGUUUGACCCUGUUUUAAUGCGGUCCGUUGAUGGUCAGACCAGAUGUUUGGCAGUCGAUGGUGGUUUAGCCAUGAGCAACCCGACCGCGGCAGCCAUAACUCACGUGCUGCAUAAUAAGCAGGAGUUUCCGUUUGUUAGAGGAGUCGAGGAUUUGCUGGUGUUAUCAUUAGGGACCGGUCAAAUUCUUGAGGUUAGCUAUGAUUAUGAGCAGGUUAAGAAUUGGAGGGCCAAGCAGUGGGCUCGACCGAUGGCUCGGAUUUCAGGUGAUGGUUCGGCUGAUUCAGUGGACCAGGCAGUGGCCAUGGCAUUUGGUCAGUGUAGAAGCAGUAACUAUGUAAGAAUUCAGGCAAAUGGGUCCAAUCUGGGAAGAUGUGGACCUAAUGUGGACACAGACCCUAGUCCUAACAAUGUAAAGAUGCUGAUUGGAAUAGCAGAGGAAAUGUUGAAGCAGAAAAAUGUAGAAUCUGUGCUGUUUGGUGGCAAGAGGAUCGGGGAGCAAAGCAAUUUUGAGAAACUUGAUUGGUUUGCUGAACAGCUUGUGUUAGAGCAUCAGAGGAGGAGCUGCAGAAUUGCUCCCACUGUUGCUUUCAAGCAAGCUCCACCGAAACAGCCUAAGAUUAUUCUCAACAAUGUCAAGACCAAAACCAAACAUUAAAAAUAAAAUGUGAGAAAUAGAUUUUAAGAAACAAAAAAGAGAGAGUGAUGUAGCAGCUUUUACUUUUCAAAGCCGUGAAGAUAGCAAGAGAAGGAGAGGAUAUCGUGUGAAAAAGGACAAGAGAAACAUGAAAGGGUAGAAGAUCUUAGUGGGAUACUUUGCCUGCUAGGUGAUGGACAUGGUGGUGUCCACUCCACUUUUCUACCACGGUAAGGAACCAGCAAAGAAAAGAAACAGAGAAGAAAACGCAGAUAUAAUGCCAGUUCAGCUUUUGAAGGUCAAACCAAUUAUCAGGUUUUGAUGUCUGGAAGACUCUUUGCAUAUUUUACUUCUUUAAUUUACUUACAUUCUUAUUUAGAAUCGCUCAUCUCUCUGGGGAACUUGAGUGGGGGUGCAUGAUGGGCUCCCUGUCAUAUAACCCCUGAUACAUAGCCAAAGUUCCUUAUCCGACCUUUGCUCCCUUUUCAUCAUUUCUUUUCGUUUCUUUUCUUUUCCUCCAAUAGAUUGUAGUGUUGAAGAACAGAUUUGAGAGUAAUUCUACCAAACCUGCUAAAUUGAUAUUAUUUAAAUAUAUUUUAAAACAAAAAUUACUGUGUACGUA